AGUGAACUGUUGCGCUGUGCUGUCCUUGCUGUAUUAUUCCCUUUUACUGCAUCAUGGUGAAUAUAGUGCUUUGUAUUUCCAACAUUUGUCGGCUUUGUUUGGGCGAAGAUGAUACAAUUCCCGCAUCGGACGUUAUGAAUUCCUCCCUUACUAAGGAACUCAUAGAAAUGUUCACCGGCAUUCAGAUUGACCCAGCAGGGACACUAGCGUACGCGAUUUGUUUGCACUGUAAAGCUAGCCUACAGCGUUCGGUUGAAUACCGUGACGCAUGCCUCAACAAUGACAUACUGUUUAGGCAAUUGUUUUUCUCAAAAGCCAAAUCUAUCAACGAUCACACCGAAGAGACCAACUAUAGCGCCAAAACAAUGGUGUGGGAUUCAGAACCGAUUGAAUUUAUUAAUCCAGCUACAGAAACCACACCGCUUGAUGUAGAGGACGGUGAUCAAUCAUCCUUCGAACAGUCGUGCCCGGAAUUUGAACCAGAACAAAACGAAAGUCCCAAUCCAGAAUCGGUUGCAGCUUGCAAACUGGAAAACACCAAUGAGCCGGAAGAAGCUCCCCAAAAACCGGGCCGUAAGCGAGCAAAACAGAAACAGCUGUGUGUGUUAUGCGGCAAAACAGUCACCUACUUAGCACGACAUCUUAAUAGCCACACCAAGAACAAUACCUACAGUUGUCCCCAUUGCUCCCAGGCGCUUACGGACCAUUCCAACCUAAUGCGUCACAUACGAGCGGUGCAUCAGAAAAAAGUAAUCAUGUUCUGCACACCGUGUGACCGGGGAUUUACGAGUAAAAAUUCGUAUGAUGCACAUAUGCGUGCGCAGCAUAGCGUAGGAGAGCCUUUGGAAUGUGAAAUUUGCUCGAAAACGUUCAAACAACUGAGCGGCUACAGGAAGCAUAUAACGCUAUUUCACAAAAACGAACGGAACUUUGGCUGUACGGUUUGUGGCAAGCUGUUUAAGAGCAGACAAACACUUCAGCACCAUGGAACGGUACACUCGUCGAGCCGGCCCUACGCGUGCGGGAUCUGUUCGAAACGAUUUAAAAGUCAAUUUGCACGAUCUACACACGAACUAGCACACAGUGGGAACAUUUUCCCAUGCUCGGUCUGCGAUAAAUCGUAUCGCUACAAGUCACUGCUUAGCCAGCACGUCAAAAAAGUACAUCCUGAGAAUUGUUGAAUCAUUUUCAUUAUUGUUAGUCUUUUACAUUCAAAUUCAAAUUCAAAUCGAACUGUAAUUGCGCAUUUAAGAGGAUUUUGUUCCUGAUUUAAAUAAUUAAAUGAUGAAAUUAAAACCAUGCUGAUCCGCUAUGGCCGCCUCUUUCCCGCCAAAUCCAUCGACCGUUGAAAUGGAUUCGAAAAUGCAAACAAUAAAAAAAAAUAAACCGGCAGCAUGGCACGCUGCGUCUUAAGAA